AUGGGAUCAGGAAGCUCACCGUGUGCCUCGUGCAAGUUGUUGCGGCGUCGUUGUGCCAAAGAUUGCAUCUUUGCUCCUUAUUUUCCUCCUGAUGAUCCUCAUAAGUUUGCCAUUGUUCAUAAGGUCUUUGGUGCUAGCAAUGUUAGCAAGAUGUUGCAGGAGCUCCCAUUUCACCAAAGAGCGGAUGCAGUUAGCAGUCUGGUGUACGAAGCAAACGCUAGAAUGAGAGAUCCAGUUUACGGAUGUGUUGGUGCCAUUUCCUACUUACAAAACCAAGUCUCUCAGCUACAAAUGCAGCUUGCGGUGGCUCAAGCCGAGAUCUUAUGCAUCCAAAUGCAACAAGAGCCUGAACUGCCUACAACACAUCAUCAUCCAUCCAUGAUGGAUUGCGACGCUAAGUCAUUGCUCUUGUCCGGGAGUAAUACAUCUGAUUUCGGUGACCAAAUGCCACAGUUCUUGAGCUACACAUCUAAUAACAAUGUAAUCCAGGAUCCUCUAAAAAGAGAGUCUCUUUGGACAUAAUCAAGUUUCCCA